AUGUACACAUCAACAGUCCUGGGCCUCCUGGCUCUCACAGCAACAACUCUAACAGCACCCACAGCCCUCCACCUCCGUGACUCGACCCCUCUCUUCCCAUCCAGACAUCGCCGCGCCCCAGCCCUCGGCCAGACUCUCUACUCCUGCGUCAACCCGGGCCAGGUAGCACUGACCUACGACGACGGACCCUACACCUUCACGUCGUCGCUCCUCGACGUCCUCGACGAAGAGGGCGUGACAGCGACCUUUUUCCUCACGGGCUCCAACUUUGGCCGCGAAAUGACCUCAGACCCCUGGUCCGCCAUCGUGCAGCGCACCUACGCCGCCGGCCACCAGAUCGCCUCCCACACCUACACCCACCCAGACCUGUCGGCGCUGACGCCCGCCGCGCGCGCAUCCGAGAUGGCCGCCAACGACGACGCCUUCCGCGCCAUCCUCGGCUUCGCGCCGCGCUACAUGCGCGCCCCCUUCCUCUCGUGCGACGCCGCCUGCGCCGCCGACAUGGCGGCGCUUGGGCUUCCACAUUGUCGACGCGAGCAUCGACACAAGGACUUUGAGCACAACCAGUACGGCACCGUCCCCGUGGCCGCGGCCACGUUUGACGCCGAGCUCGGCUGGGAUCCGGCCGUCGACAGCGCCAUUGUGCUGGCGCACGACGUGCACGAGACGACGGUGAGCGUGCUGACGCGGCACAUGAUUUCCACGCUGCGGGCGAGGGGGUUCCGGGCCGUCACGGUGGGGGAGUGCUUGGGGGAUUCGCCGGAUGGCUGGUACAAAGCGUAG